AUGGAAGCUAUUCUUGAAUGCCCUGUUUGCAUUGAGCGUUUUGAUAGAGUAACUCAUAUUCCUCUUGUUCUAUUAUGUGGGCAUACCCUUUGCAAAUCAUGUGCAGCUGAUUUAAGGUCAGGAACCGAUGUAAUAGUAUACUAAUUGACCAAGAAUAGCCCACUAAGGAGCCAUUCUUGGUCUGCCAGAAAAAAUUUUGACAAAAGAUCCUAAUCUGCCAUUACCACUGAGUUUUGGUAUUUCCAAAUUUUUUGGGCAAGCCAAAUGCAAUAAAAAAAAAUUGUUCUUUUGCGAUGAUGCAUUUGGCUUGUCAAAAAAUUUGGAAACGCCAAAACUCAGUGGUAAUGGCAGAUUAGGAUAUUUUCUGCCAUUACCACUGAGUUUUGAUGUUGCCAAAUUUUUUUUGACAAGCCAAAUGCAUCAUCGCAAAAGAACAAUUUUUUUUAUUGCAUUUGGCUUGCUCAAAAAAUUUGGAAACACCAAAACUCAGUGGUAAUGGCAGAUUAGGAUCUUUUGUCAAAAUUUUUUCUGGCAGACAAGAAUGGCUCCUUAGUGGGCUAUUCUUGGUCAAUUAGUAUAUGUCCUCUUGAUAAGAAGCAGGACCGUCGACCUUUGAUUCAGAUUUCUCACUCCUAUCAUAUUCUGGAGCUCAUAGAGCAUAUCUCCCAUAUGUCCCAGACCCUUAAAUAUCUUAAGCUCGAGCCUUCAGAACGGCUUGAAGCUAUGAGACAGCAAGCUAAAGAAAAUUUUGACUUAUGCCAAGAUCAUUUGGAAAAAAUCCAAACUGCGAUCAGUGAGAUUUCAAGCAAGAGAGAUGAUGUCUUAUCAACAGUCAGUAAAAAUUUUAGUUCUUUAAAAGAUUGCUUACUCCCCUCUCCGUGAGUGAUCAAAACCAUUAGAAAAAUCCUAUUUUUUGCCCACCCUCCGUAAGUGAACAAAAAUUUUUUUAAUAGAAAAAAUUUUUUAUGGGAAAAAAAUUUUGAUAUAUAAAUGAUAAUUAGUAUAAUGAAAUAUAGAGCUAAUUCUGUUUAAUUUUAAAACAAAUUGCUUUUUAAAACAUAAAAUUUUACAAAUUAAAUUAAUAUUUGCUUUCCAAUUUUUGCGAAUUAGGAUUUUUUUUAAAUUCGAAAAAACAAAAUUUUCUAUAAAAUUUAUAUAUAAAUUUUUUUAAAAAAAUUUAAUGUGAGUGAACAAAAUUUUUUUUGUUCACUCACGGAGGGGUGGAGUUAGAAAAUAAACAGCAAGAGCUAGAAAAUGAAGUUUCAACAAUUGUUGACGAGUAUAUAGAGAAAUAUGAGCAGGUCAAAACUUUGACUCAAGUAUUAUAUGAAAAAUCAUUACAAAAGUACGAAGAACUUAUGGUACAAAGUGAAGGGGAUACCAUUGAAGAUGUUAAAGCCUUGACUCAGCUACCAGAACUCCCAGUGCUAGAGCUAAAACUUCAGCUUGUUAUAGAUACAGACAGUGCUCUUAAUUUUAUAAAAAAUGUAGGAAGGAUUGGGAAAAUUAACCCAAGAGUACCCUAUCAAUGUAGCAAUUAUUCAAAUGUUAUAGCUUAUAUCCCGAUAUAGAUUUCUUUAUCGAGCAAAUGUAAUGGACUCUUGAACGACCAAGAAAGAUUCUCUCAAAAAUAUGAGCUGAAUCAGUAUUUCAGGAAGUGUUAAAAAGUGACAUGCUAAAAAAUGGUGACAAGUGUGAAAAAAGUUGACAAGUAAACGCGCCAAUUGUUAAAUGGCUUUAUUAUUAAAUUAACUUAAAAUUAAAGAUACCCAAUUAGACUCGGAUUUAUUAAUAUCUUAUAAUUCUAAAUAAAUAAUGUUAUGGUAAUUGUUUAAAUAUUUAUUGGUUUAAAAAUAGACUUUGAGGCAUUUGAAGAUAAUUAGUAGAUGUGAUGUUAUUUUUUAUAUCUCAAAAUAAGCUGGAAUCUUAAGCGUCGCAAGUUCUCAAUGUCCAAUAACUGAUUCUGAUUGUAGAAUGUAUCCACACAUCAUCCCCCUUGUGCGCAGUUCAGAACUUUUUUUGAAUCUGUAUAUAGAAAAGCCAUAUUUUUUUAGAAAUGUAUAACUUCGACGCUUGACAAAGGUAAACUCAAUAAAUAUGAUAUGUCUCAAAAUGAGCUGGAAUCUUAAGCGUUGCAAGAUUCUAAUGUUCCACAACAAAUUCUAAUUGCAAAAUGUCUCCACACAUAAUCGCCCUGAUGCACAGUUAAGAACUUUUUUUGAAUCUAUAUAUAAAAAAGCCAUUUUUUUUUUUGAAAAUUUGAUAAAUUACACGCUAUAUAAAGGAAAACUCAAUUUAUGACAUGUCUCAGAAUAGCCUGGAAUCUUAAGCGUCGCAAGUUCUCAACGUCUCACAACUGAUUCUUAUAGAAGAAUCUAUUCAAAAAUCAUCGCCCUGGUGCACAGUUCGUAUCUUUUUUUGGGUCUAUAUGUAGAAAAGCCAUUUUUUUUGGAAAUUUAACGCUUGACAAAGGAAACCCAACAAUACGACACGCCUCAAAAUAAGCUGGAAUCUUAAGCGUUACAAGUUCUCGAUGUCCUACAAUUGAUUCUGAUUGCAGAAUGUCUCUAUCCAUCAUCGCCCUGGUGCACAGUUCGGAUCUUUUUUGGAUCUAUAUAUAGAAAAGCCAUUUUUUUGAAAAUUUGAUAAAUUAUACGCUUAAUGAAGGAAAACUCAAUGAUAUGACAUGUUUCAAAAUAAGCUGGAAUCUUAAGCGUUGCAAGUUCUCAAUAUCUCACAACUGAUUCUGAUAGAAGAAUCUAUUCAAACAUCAUCGCCCUGGUGCACAGUUCAGAACUUUUUGAAUCCAUAUAUAGAAAAGCCAUUUUUUUCUGAAAUUUGAUAACUUAGACGCUUUAUAAAGGAAAAACUCAAUGAUAUGACAAGCCUUAAAAAUGAGCUGGAAUCUUAAGCGUUGCAAGUUCUAAUGCCCCAUAACUGAUUCUAAUUACAGAAUCUGUCCAAACAUUAUCACCCUUAUGCACAUUCAGAACUUUUUUUGAAUCUAUAUAUAAAAAAGCCAUUUUUUUUUUGAAAAUGCAUAACUUCGACGCUUUAUAAAGGAAAACUCAAUAAUAUGACAUGUCUCAAAAUGAGCUGGAAUCUUAAGUGUUGCAAGUUCUCGAUGUCCUACAACAAAUUCUGAUUACAGAAUGUCUCAACACAUCAUCGCCCUGGUGCACAGUUCGGAUCUAUUUUUGAAUCUAUAUAUAGAAAAGCCAUUUUUUUUGAAAAUUUGAUAAAUUACAUGCUUUAUAAAGGAAAACUCAUAAUAUAACACGCCUCAAAAAAAAGCUGGAAUCUUAAGCGUUUCAAGUUCUCGAUGUCCUACAAUUGGUUCUGAUUGCAGAAUGUCUCUAUCCAUCAUCGCUCUAAUGCACAGUUCGGAUUUUUUUUUGAGUCUAUCUAUAGAAAAGCCAUUUUUCUGAAAAUUGGAUAACUUAGACACUAUAUAAAGGAAAACUCAAUAAUAUGACAAGUCUCAAAAUAAGCUGGAAUCUUAAGAGUUGCAAGUUCUCAAUGCCCAACUACUGAUUUUGAUUGCAGAAUAUCUUUACACAUCAUCGCCCUGGUGCAUAGUUCGGAUCUUUUUUUGGAUCUAUAUAUAGAAAAGCCAUUUUUUAUAAAUAAAAUUAAGCCCCAUAUUUAUUAAAAGAUAUUUGUUACGAAAAUAAAUUUUAAAAUUGGUGCGUUUACUUGUCAACUUUUUUCACACUUGUCACCAUUUUUUGGCAUGCCACUUUUUAUGACUUUCUGGUAUACAGAUUCGGCUCAUAUUUUUGAGCGAAUCUGUCUUGCUCGUUCAAUAGUCCAUUACAUAUUGUUCGAUAAAGAAAUCUAUAUAGGUGUAUGGGCUAUACGUAUUGAAUGGUUCCUCCAUGCUGCUAUAAGCAUUAUUGCUGCAAUAAGUGCCAUGACGCUCAAGAAAAUCAUUCAUGGUCUUAUGCUGGCAGGAUGGUCUGCAUGUUUUGCGAUAAAGAGCAGGAUUAUAGAAAGUUACCAAAUCACUGUGAGCAUUGCAAUUCACAUCAUAAGGGAGUUGUAAGUAGAUUAUAA